UUUUCACUCUCUCUUAAUCUUAAAAACUUAAGUUCUUUAAUUAACAUUGUUCCAUUCUUACCUGUCUGUUAUCUUAAACCCCUUUUUUCCUAUGAGGCAGACUUAAUAAUUUUUUUCUUUUUCUCUCAUUGAACACACCACAGGGAGAAUACGCCACAGUUUUUCUGUGUCGUCAUUUAAAUAUUUUUUAAUAAUGUUUUUCACAUUUUCAGGAUUUACAAUGUAUUCAAUUCUUUCCCUUCUUAAUUUUCGUCUAAUUUCUUACAAUCUUUCAAAUCUGCUUUAUACGCCAGUCCCAUUCAAAUCGAAUCAAAAAAGUGUUGAUUGCCAACAGAGGCGAAAUUGCUGUCAGGGUCAUGCGAACGGCAAAAAUGAUGGGAAUCGAGGCUGGAGUUCCGGUUAUUCAAGAAUAUAA